AUGUGGUCCAACCAGAACCACCACGAGGCGUACUACAAAACCUUCCAGCCCACCACCAACAACAUCUCCCACUUGUGGUCCAACAAGAACCACCACGAGGCGUACCACAAAACCUUCCAGCCCACCACCAACAACAUCUCCCACUUGUGGUCCAACCAGAACCACCACGAGGCGUACUACAAAACCUUCCAACCCACCACCAACAACAUCUCCCACAUGUGGUCCAACCAGAACCACCACGAGGCGUACUACAAAACCUUCCACCCCACCACCAACAACAUCUCCCACUCGUGGGCCAACUUCUACAAGACGUACCACAACACAUUCCACACGCCCUCCAACAACAUCUCCCACAUGUGGUCCAACCAGAACCACCACAAGGCGUACUACAAAACCUUCCAACCCACCACCAACAACAUCUCCCACAUGUGGUCCAACCAGAACCACAACGAGGCGAACUACAAAAUCCUCCAUCCCACCACCAACAACAUCUCCCACUCGUGGGCCAACUUCUACAAGACGUACCACAACACAUUCCACACGCCCUCCAACAACAUCUCCCACAUGUGGUCCAACCAGAACCACCACAAGGCGUACUACAAAACCUUCCAACCCACCACCAACAACAUCUCCCACAUGUGGUCCAACCAGAACCACCACAAGGCGUACUACAAAACCUUCCAACCCACCACCAACAACAUCUCCCACAUGUGGUCCAACCAGAACCACAACGAGGCGAACUACAAAAUCCUCCAUCCCACCACCAACAACAUCUCCCACUUGUGGUCCAACCACAACCACUACAAGACGCACCACAACACGUUCAACACGCCCUCCAACAAAGUCUUCCACUCGUGCACCAACCACAACCACAACAAGACGCACCACAACACAAUCCACACGCCCUCCAACAAAGUCUUCCACUCGUGCUCCAACUACAACCACUACAAGGCGCACUACAACACCUUCAACGAGUACCACCAGACCAACAGCUGUAACAACAACCACUACGCGUCGUCCUUGUCCUUGCCGUCCCCAGCCUCCACAGUUUCCUCCUUGGUGGUAUCCCUAUCCAUCCUACCCCAAUCCCGGAUGGCCUUGGCAGCCUAA